UUUAUUUAUAUUUUCUUCUUCUAAUUAUUUAUUAGGGUUUAGGGCAAGUGCAUAAAUAGAUAUGAUAGAAAUUAACUUUCUUUUCUUUUCUUGAUUACAAACUUCUUUCUUUCUUUUUUCUUUCUUUUUGGUUCCUUCUUGCUUCUUGGUCCACUUUUCUUCAUUUCUUUCAAUGAUUUCUUCUUCUUCUUCUACUUAUAAAUUAUAAUAUAUCUUUCUACUACACGAGCAUCCUCCAUCAUCAUCAUCAUCGGCUUGCUUAAUACUCAGUACUCUUGAUCCCAUAUCAUCUUCCAGAAUGGCUUGGGAAGUCUUGUUGUGGACAAUCUUCUUCCUUUUCACUAUGACCCUCAUCGCCUUGAAUGUCUACCAGAUGGUGUGUUUAUCAGACUUGGAAUCUGACUAUAUGAACCCAUAUGAAGCAUCAACUCGGAUUAAUUCUGUCAUUCUCCCUGAGUUUGUCGUCCAAACAGUAUUUUGCAUAUUGUUUCUUGUCACAGGGCAUUGGAUCAUGUUCUUGCUUUUGCUUCCAAUUACUUCCUAUAGUACAAAUCUGUUCUUAAAGAGACAACACCUUAUUGAUGUAACUGAAGUUUUUAGGAGUCUGCAAUCUCAGAAUAAGUAUCGAUACAUCAAGCUGAGCUUUUACCUUGUAAUGCUAUUGAUAGUGUUUGUCAGGCUAGUCAUAUACGUUAUAAACUAUCUAAUAGAUGAAGUUGAUGACGAAUCAUGGUUCUGAUGCAUCAAAGAAGACGGAUCUAAUUGGGUUUGCUACCAUCAUCCAUGUAGAUUAGGUUCCUUGAAUUCGAGAAAGGAAGUACAUCAAAGGCAUGCAUGGUUUGCUGAUAAUUAUGGAGAACUAUCUUCUUCAUUGUGAUUAAGUAGAGGAAAUAGAUAGCCUAGUUUUUUUUGUUUUUUUUUAAGUAGAGGAAAUAGCCAUUUUUAUUUUCUUCUCUCCUUAAAAGCACAUAAAGUAUGACACUGAACCAUUUGUAAUCUUUCUUGUUGAUUGUGUUCAAUGCUGUUGGUUUGUUUUGA